AUGUGUGUGCGUGUGUAUGUGCCUGGAAGCGUGGCGGCCGGCACAUGGAUACACAGACAUGGCAUAUGUGAGGCUCAGCAGCAGCAACAACCGUCGGGAUGGGAAGCAAAAGGCCCCGGGGGAUCUGGAUGGCGAGCAAGAGGGCGUGGAUAG